CGCUUCUUCUGAAAGAAAGACCGAUUUCGGCUCGACCGCUGGUCGCCAUUUUGAGGAACUUUAAAGCAGCAACUGCGCAGUAAAUUUUGACUUUUUGAAAAUAGAACUUUAGCUUAUUCAACGAUAAAUGUCUCGUUUCAACAAUAACCGCGGUGGGUUCGGGAUGAAUCACUACCAGCCACGCCGAGGCGGAGGUCCCGGUGGUCCAAUGCGUGGCAGCUUAAUGGGAAACCCGCAUUACCGUAACCACCCUUUCCAAAACUCCCACCAGAACCGGAGGGGAGGCAACAACUUCAUCACGUCCCAAAACAACAAUGUCCCACAGAAGUCCGAAGUUAAGCAGUCGACGCCGAUUAUUCCUCCACCGAGUCCAGGACCGGCCCUCACCAUGAAAGGCCCGAUGCAGCAGGAGCAGCAGAAGCCCUCGGCCCAGCAGGAGCAGCAGAAGCCCUCGGCCCAGCAGGCGCCGCAGAAACCGAAUCCCUCUGUGGACCAGCCGAAGACCCAGACCUCACCUCAAACACCCGAGGUAUCCUCCGCUCAGCCCAAUAUCCAGGCCAACCAGAACCAGCAGAUCAAGUCUCCGGCAGGGAACGCUAACGCACAGCAACAUAAGCAGCAGCCUCUUCAGCAAAGCCCGAGGCCGAGUCCCCAGCAAGGCCAGAAACCCGCACCGCCACAGAGCCCGAAGCCGAUUCCACAGCAGAGCCCGAAACCCAACCCCCAACAGAACCAGAAGCCCGGUCCACAGCAGAACCUGAGGCCUGGUCCCCAGCAGAACCAGAAGCCCAGUCCACCACAGGGCCCGAGACCAGGCCAACAGAAGGGCCAACGGUCUGGUCCUCAACAAGGCCCGAAGACUGGCCAUCCACAGGGCCAUGGCCUGGCUCCUAAGCCGGCCCAGAGGGCAGAACCGAUGGAGGAUGGCAGUAAAAGCGGCCCAGCGAACCCGGGAAUGAGCCAGGAAACGACAUUCAAAGCGGCCUUGUCCAUGUUGUUGAAGCCCGGAGAAAAGUCAUACACACAGAGAUGCCGUUUGUUUGUUGGUAACCUGCCAAAUGACAUCACAGAGGAGGAUUUCAGGAAGCUCUUUGCUAAGUACGGAGAACCUUCUGAAGUCUUCAUCAACAAAGCAAAAGGCUUUGGAUUUAUCCGACUGGAGUCCAGGGCACUUGCAGAAAUAGCUAAGGCUGAGAUGGAUGACCAUCCAAUGAAAGGCAGACCACUGCGUGUUCGAUUUGCUACACACUCUGCAGCCCUGUCUGUGAAGAAUCUGUCACCGUAUGUUUCCAACGAGCUCCUGGAUGAAGCGUUCUCGCAGUUUGGCAUGGUCGAGAGGGCCGUUGUCGUUGUUGAUGACCGCGGUCGGUCUGCAGGGCGCGGGAUUGUCGAGUUCGCUUCCAGGGCAGCUGCCAAAAAGGCUCUGGACCGGUGCAACGAGGGUGUUUUCCUUCUUACCUCGUCACCCCGUCCUGUAGUUGUUGAGCCUCUGGAGCAGUUUGAUUGUGAUGAUGGUCUUCCAGAGAAAUUUGCUCAGAAGAACCCAAAAUUUCAAGCUGCGCGCGAGCAGCCUCCCCGUUUUGCUCGCCCUGGCUCCUUUGAGUUUGAGUAUUCAAAACGUUGGAAGUCUAUGGAUGAAAUGGAGAAGCAGCAGAGGGAGCAGGUGGAGAAGAACAUGCGCGAGGCCCGCGAAAAACUGGAGAGUGAGAUGGAAGAUGCUUAUCAUGAGCAUCAGGCCAAUAUGCUACGUCAGGAACUUCUGAGGCGGCAGGAAGAGCUAAGGCGCAUGGAGGAACUGCACAACCAAGAAAUGCAAAAGAGAAAGGAAAUGCAGCUCAGACAGGAAGAAGAACGACGCAGACGGGAAGAAGAGAUGCUUCGAAAGAGGGAAAUGGAGGAACAGAUGCGCCGUCAGCGUGAAGAAAACUACAGAAUGGGAAAUUUCAUGGACAGAGACAUUGACAUAAGAAUGCACACCAGUGGCUCUAUGGGCAUAGGGGAGAUGUCCUUCAGUGGGUCCAGCCAGAACUUCUCAAUGAGUGGACUUGGCUUUGAGAGUCAGUCUGGAUUGGGAUCAUCACCAGGAGGCCUGAUGGGCGGUGAAAUGGAGCCUCGACCAAUCAGAGGAGGCUGAGGGUUCGAUCUGAGCAGCCACGGUUGAAAUAAAACCUGAAGUCUUAGAACCUGCAGGAGCUCCAGCGGAACUGAGCAGUGUGACCCUUGUCGCCUCCAGGUUCGGGUCUGGACUUCAUCAGUGAACUUUUUGAUGUAGAGAUGCAGGCAAAGCUGCAGUACCGGGAUGUAUCCAGCAGGGGGCGAACACCCGGUGGUGCAGUGGACAGAUUCUGUUUCUUCUUCUGUUAGCAAAUAAAUGAAAGAACACAGUUUGGUUGUUUUUUUUUUUUCUGUGUUCAUCACUAAAUAAUCAAAUGCUGCUAUCUGAGUUUACAAUCAAUGUCUUUUCAGCUACAUUUAACCCCAAAAUAUCAGAAGUUCAGGCAAGUUAUGCCUAACAUGGAGAUGGUGCAGUUACUACCUUCAUGGCACCAGGACAUGGGGACAGUAAGGGACAUGUUAAGCUGAGCAGUAACCUGCAGCCUGUUUUCCUGCUGUGGUGCAUCGCUGCCUCCAGUUCAGAUACAACUAAAGACUAAAGGUGCAAAGUUUCCGCUGCUGAGACACCUUCUUAUCCCGAGUGUUGGCUGUCAGUCCUGGAGGAAGUCCAGCCCAGGUGCAGCAAGAUGAUCUGGACUGAAUCUGGGUCAGGUGCACAUCUCAUCUGAGCUGCUAGCUGGAACUUGCUCAAUCACAUCUGGUGGUCCGUGACGUUUUACAGCCUAAACACAACAGGAGAAAUCAUCUGGACCACAGAAGCACUCAGGUUCUACUUCCAAAACAUCGCAGAUGUUCUGUUCCUAUAUGACGGAUCCCAUCAGACUUUGUAGAAGUACUGGUAAAUGAGCUUCUGAAGGAAAGGAUGUAACUUCAUCCCUCCUCAUCCAUGCAUGCAUUACUGCUGGAAGCUGCUUCCCUGGUUUAUUUUCUAGAAAAAGCUUUUAACUUUUCAUUUUUAGUUUAAAGCUGCAGUAGUUUGAGAUCUGCAGCAUCAGUCAAAUCAGGAAAUUCACUGUAACUAAUGGGUUCAUCUUGGCUCUUUUGCAUUAAAAGUUAUAAAGGUUAUAAACUUG